CCGCUGAACGCCUCUCGCCGCCGGCGAUCGGAGCAGCGCCAGCGCGUCCUUCCGGCGCCCGCGGGGGCCUUCUGCGGACAUGGGGACGCGCCACCUCAUCACCGGCCAGAACAACUGCGCCCCGGACGGGGCGUCCUCCUCCAACCCAUUCGGCGCCCUCGCCAACACCCUCCUCGGCCAGUCCAACAAAGCGGAGUCACUAAGGGGACUUCCUGGAGCCUCAGUUAAUGUUCCAACUACGUCUGAUUAUAGCGGAGCUCCACUGUCUACUCUCCCUGGCUCUGAGAAUGAGUUCAAGCAAGAUCAACGACCAUUUGCAUGGGGUGCCGACUUCAGUCGUGGGGGUCCUGCUAAUGAUUGGGUUGAAUCUUUUCGCCCUCCGGGGCAUUCUGCAUUUGGAGGGCCAGAAGCAAACUUUGCAGAGUUUGAGCAAAUUUAUAACAAUGCAGGCCCUACCUUGGGACCGGCCUUGGAUGGUCCACCACAAAGGGUCUUAUCUGGUGUUCUGCAUUCUUUUAUUCUAAGUGGCCGAGCUGGUGUGCCAUUUCAAGCUGUCCCAGUACCAGCUCUUGGUUUGUCCGAAUCCGACAAGCAAUGUAUACGUGAUCGCAGCUUCAUAAUGGCACACCAUAUUUUGGCCGAUCAACCUGAAGAAUAUAUACAAGCACAGGUAAAUACAUUGCUGCAUUCUCUUGAUAUUGACAAUAGUGAUCGAAUGAAAAAUCCCCUGCAUGGGCCGUACCCAGAGAUGGAGGAGUACUGGAAUCAAUCCCAAAGUGCUUUGAGAUCUGGCCCAAUGCACAAUGCUGCAAAUAAUUGGAUUACUGAGUUUGGCAAGCAAAAUAAUAACCCUGAGGGUUGGAUCACUGAGUUUGGCAAGCAAAAUAAUAACCCUGAGGGUUGGGCGCACUCUUUUGUGCAGCAAUAUGGUCCCAAUGGAUGGGCCUCUGAGUUUGAACAGCAUCAGUCUCAGAUGGCCAUGGGUCAGAUGGGAGGAGCGAACAUGGUGAAUCUCGCAGCUAUGCAGCAAUCCCGUAUGCUUGCGGAAACAUUAUCAAGUAACAAUGACCCAAAAUUCCAGAUGAGCCGUGGUGAACUUAUUAUAGAAGAUAACCAAGUAAAACAAGGUUCAGCAUCUCAAUCCAGUGACUGGGCUGAUGAAUUUCAAACACAGGAUAAUGCUAAUGCAAAUUCUUGGGCAGAUCAGUUUGUGCAUGAAGAGCUUUCACAAGGGUCCGAUAGUUGGGUUAGUGAGUUCUCUAGUGAACAGAAUCAGGGUGAGCUCAAAGAGAAGUGGGUCGAUGAGUUCUCCAAAUUGAAUGUGGAUGAUUGGGCAGAGGAGUUCAGUGGAGGAGCUUUUGGUGAGAGCUCUGCUGAUCCAUGGGCAGAUGAGUUUCAGAACCAACUGUCAGCUUCCAAAAGUUCUGGCUCUUCUCGAGGGGUUUAUGUUUCUUCUGAGAUGAACCCAUAUGUUGGUCACCCUAAUCCAAUGCAGGAAGAGCAGGAACUCUUUCGGAAGGGCCUCUUAAGUGAAGCUGCUCUUCCUCUGGAGGCUGAAGUUUUAAAGAACCCUGAUAAUGCUGAAGGUUCGAGGUUGCUUGGAGUAACACAUGCCGAAAAUGAUGAUGACCAGCAGUGGGAGCAGAAACAAAUACAGAUACCCGAAGGAGGUAUGGAGCGAAUACGGUAUGGACGUGUACACUAUCGCUGGAGGAAAAAGAACCCUUAAACUAUGCAGGAGUGGCGCAUCGGUGUGAGAAAGGUUUACCGGCAUAGAAGGGUGGAAAGUGGCGGUGGAAAAUUUGAAAUAUCCGAUAGUCAUAUUCAAGAAAACCAUAUAUUGCAAGUCAACAUUGGCAUCCGAACUAAAAUGAAAAUGGGUAUUGGAAAUAUCUGGAUUCUUUUUACAAAUACAAAUGUUGUAUGGGAUUUUGAAAAAUUUGGAUAUGGAAUUGGAUAUAUCCGUAUCCGAAAAAAAAGUUAGCCAAUUUAAACAAUUCUAGCCCUAUAUGC